GGUUUUUCCGGUGCUUCUUUGCGCCGCUUUUCUCCAGCAAAAGUGCCCCCAUCCGGAGCGAUCAUGGGAGAGGCGUCCACGGUGGACGAUGUGGACUUGGGAUUUGUAGAGGAAAGCGAAGACUACCUGCUCACGAACACGUACUUCCCCAGCAAAGUCGGCGGCCGGCCAGCGUGGCUUGACCUGGAGCAUCUUCCGCAUCCGGACGAGCUGAAGUGUGCCUCCUGCAAGCAGCCGUGCAUCUUCCUGUGCCAGAUUUAUGCGUCCCUGGACGAGCCUGAGACCUUUCACCGUACAAUCUAUGUGUUUAUGUGCAAGAACGCCGAGUGUUGCCAGGCCAACAAGAGCGACAACUUCAUCGUCUUCCGGAACCAACUGCCCAGGAAGAACAAGUUCUACUCCUUCGAGGCGCCCCAGGAGGACGACACGAAGGCAGAGACGAGUCACGUGUGCCAAUUGUGUAUCGUGUGCGGCUGCCGGGGCCCCUUUCAGUGCCCCAAGUGCAAGAACACAUUCUACUGCGGCCCGGCGCAUCAGCGGCUAGACUGGAAGAGCGGCCACCGGGAGAAGUGCGGCGCCGGCAAGGCGUCGCCCCUGUUUCCCGAGUACGAGAUCAUCCUGGAGACGGAGAAGGCGGUGGUGCAGCACAACGCGUGCGCGGAGGACGAGCAGGAGCGCGCGCAGCUGGCGGAGUACGAGAAGAUGGUGAGCGAGGGAAAGGCGGGAGACUUCAAGGACGUGCCGGAGACGGAGCUGCUGAAAUUUGCCAAAGAAGAGGACGAGGCGUUCUCACACUUUCAGAAGAUCACCGCGCAGGAGCCCGAGCAGAUCCUGCGCUACUGCCGGAAAGGCAGUCCUCUGUGGAUCACAUCGACCAAUGUCCCUGCCCCGGACGCCAUUCCAAAGUGCUCGCUGUGCGGCGAUGAGCGUGUCUUUGAGUUUCAGAUCAUGCCGCAGCUGCUGAACUACCUGCGCGAUGACGGCCUGACACUGGACUGGGGCGUCCUGGCGAUCUACACGUGUGUGAACAGCUGCGAAGUGGAGUCGCAGUACGUGCGUGAGCACAUUCACAAGCAAGACAUUGUGGAGCAGGCGUGAGUUUGUAAAAUAAACCUCUUUAUUUUGGGUCAACGGUGAA